AUACCUUGAUACCUGCGAUAUUGUCUUUCAGCCCUGUGACUGUAAGACAGAGGUAGGAUACCCAGAACAGCAGCACCAUCAUCCUCACAACUAGUUCUACACAGACCUCUGAUAGCAAGUGCAUUGAUGAUGCUAGUCUUCAGGGCAUCUACAAACAGUCCCACAGUUGGAUUGUUGUUCAAACCAGACUACGAACGAAUAGCUCCAAAUGUGUUCACAAGGUGAUCAUCAAACAGCUGUUGCCAGGUGAAAUGAUGGAAGAACCUCGAUUUGUUGCAUUGUAAUAAAGGAUAUAUCAACGCAGUUGGAUGGGGGUAGGGCGUGGUUGCCCUCCAUUUCGCAACAUAAACAUGAAUAUCGCAAAUGGUGUCAUGGAAGCCAACAACAUAAUACGAGGGGAAAAUGGGGAAAUCAGCAUGCUGAAAGUGCUGGGCCUAUUAAUUAGCUCAGCACUCUUAUUACAUGGCCAGAUGUGCUUGGACCACGAUCUACAAUGCUGUUUCAGCUUGGUGGGAAAGCGGACAUCCAAACUGCCCACACUAGAUAUUUGCAAUGCGAAGCAGAAUUGCAGAUACAUUGUGCCACUAUUACUGGAACUGACAUGGUACAUGGUGAAUGGACUGGUAAGUUUCUUGACAGAUAAUUACUACUUACCAAGCAACACAGCUCAACUGGAUAGAGCUUUAGGUGAAUGAGGACCAGACUAAAAUUCUAAUUGAAGCUAUUAUAAAUGCUCAGAAGGGCAUACUCCAGCUACCGUUUGCCUAACUCUCCACCUCUACAGGCCUUUGUUGAACCUCGGUUCGUUUUCUGUUUCUUGAUCUUUUACAAAGUCGGUAGGACUUCUUGGACCGCUGAUAGGCCCUUCACAAGGAUAGACAUCCAUGCCUCGAGUGGGAUUCGAACCCACGAUCCACUGUUGAAGCGAAGAGAGUUUAUGCCGAGACCGCGCGGCCACUGUGAUCGGCGCCACAUGACAGUACACCAGCGCAAAUCACGAAUCAGAUGAAAUUAAGUCAAGCUGACAUCCCAUGUACACCUUUACAGCUCAUUCAGGUGUGGUGGAUAGAGCAACAAGGAAAAAUACUGUCACCUUCCGUGGGUCCCACGACCACAAAGGAGAGGGAAACACAGGCUAAGGAAAUGGUUGCAGAGAAUUACUAUAGUCUCUUAAAGAUGCGACACACCUACUUUGCCAAAUAUACCCUUGAGAACAGCUACAAACCGACUCUUAUAUCUUCAGUGACAUUUUCCAUGACAGCAGUAACCUCCCUCGCCCCCAAUACAAGAACUGGUGCUCGAUACAAGUUCCAAACAGAAACAGCUGUCCCCUGCUUGCUGUUGUGAUGCCUUCAUGACCAAAUUGAUUA